AAUAUUCUUUAUAUUAAUAAAUUUCGUAACAUCAAAAAGUUUCUAUAUGAAGCUGCCAGAAAUUAAAGAAAAUUUUUCGAAUGACAGCCAUUUGAAAUUCGAACACGUAAAGAAAAGAUGCGCGAGCACAGAUAACAUAUGUAAAAGUAAUAACGUUAUAGUCUGUGGAAUAAGAAUAGUGGAUGGUGAAACACAACAUAAGGAUUUUAAAAAUUCAUGCUAUAUGUUUAUGAGUAAUAUGUGCAAGUAUCCUGGACAAGAAUUUUAUAUUGUUUCGAGCGGUACUUGUGAAAAAUAUUUGGAUUCGCGCAGAAAUAGCGCCGACAAAUUGUUGCCAGUUAAAAAUAUAACACUAAAUGUUACAGAUAAUAAACAAAGUCUACGUUCUUCAAAGUUCAGCACUCUAUACGAUAUAGAUUCCGCAUUUGAUUACCAUCCCUGUCCCUUAUCGUGUCCUGAAACUUACGCCCCCGUCUGUGUGAGUGUCAACAGAGGAUUUGGCAAAUAUUUCAAAUUCUACACAUUUGUAAACCAUUGUUCUGGUGAUUUAUAUUACUGUAAACAUUGGCAGGAAUUCAGUCCACCGCCUAAUGAAGAUGAAAAUGUCGUGAGUUCUAACCUCGGUUGGUCAUUUUGUGGUUCGUCCAGAUACCUACAGUUCGCCCGCUUCUCAGAGGUUUCAUCAUCUAUGGGACAUUACGGAUGGUUGGCGGGAAAUUACAAAUAUUCUCAUAUAAUGGAACCACACGAGAGAAUGGAAGGAUAUGGAAAGUAAAUUAAAUUGGAAAAAAAUA